CACGAUAUAAAUACUUUUAAUGGCAAGUGAAAUCAUUCAAACAGUCCAAACUAGUCCUAGAGUUAAGUUUAACACAAGCCGCGCGCCUAUAGUUCCAAUAAUAAAUUAGGCAAAAUGGAAUUAAGAAUUGCGUUACUCUCAUCGUUCUUGCUGAUUCUACUUGUUAUCGGACUAUCAGACGGAGGUUACACCAAAAAGAAAAAAAUCAUCAUUCACAUUCCAGUCAAACAGACGCAUCAUAAGCACACCCACACCCAAAUCAAAACCAUUCAUCAUCAUCACAAACCCACAAUUAUCAAGGAGGAGAAAAUCAUCAAACAAGAAGUCCAUAAACCCGUUCAUGUCAAAGAGGAAAUCGAACACGAACAUUACCAUCAUCACUACAAGCAUGAUCAUGGUGAGGGACAUCAUAUCCCUGACUAUCAUCAUGAGCAUAAGCAUGAGCAUUCGUACGAUUGAAUGGAUUUCAUCUUGUUAUAAAAUGAGUAUUUAUAUGUUGGUGCAGCCUAGGCUAAGAUUUGUUUGAAAUGAAUUUGUGAUAAUUUAAACAAAAAAAUAUUAAAUCUUCUAAAA